AUGUUACUCGCGUUCAAGUUACGAUUCCCCAAAGAGGUCUAUUUACUUCGCGGAAAUCACGAAACCAGAUGUGUGAACAGACAGUAUGGUUUUUUUGACGAAUGCAAGAAGAAAUUCCCACGAAAAGGAGUCGAACUAUGGACACUCUUCCAACAUGUGUUCAACUGCCUUCCGAUGGCAGGUCUUGUUGGCUCAAAAAUCUUUUGCGCUCAUGGAGGAAUAUCGGAAGAUCUUAUCUCGGUUUACCGGCCAACGGACAUCUGUGAUAUUGGACUGUUGUGUGACCUUAUAUGGUCAGACCCAUCUACUGCUUGCACUAUGUUUGAUCCGAGUCCACGUGGAGUCUCUUCUGUAUUCGGAAAAGAAGCUGUGAACAACUUCUGUAGCAAAAUGCAUGUUGACCUCAUAUGUCGUGCACACCAGUGCGUUAUGGACGGAUACGAAUUUUUUGCCGAGAAAAAGUGUUUGACCCUCUUUUCGGCUCCGUGCUAUUGCGGUGAGCUCGACAAUCAAGCUGCAGUACUCCAUGUAAGCGGACGACUAGAAUGCAGAGUUCUAACGUUCAAAAGAGAUACAGGAGUUGCAACAGCGGAAUAUGCACGUACAGUUGAAAAUACUGCACCCGUAACCCCUACACCAUUAGCCGGUCGUCCAGGUGCUCAUGCUGGUCGAGACGGUAAAGCUCCAACGGGAAGUCGUCAAGAUCAGAAAACCGACAGUGCACAAGCAGCGAUUAAGGCGGAGAAGAAAAAUCCCAGAGCAACGACACCUCGCAGCGAUAGCGCUCUCGCAUCUCCGAACAAAAAAGGAACAAAAUGA